AAAUGUCUCGUCCUCAGAUAUACCAGAGCUCCAAACCUCUCAGGAUCGGUUACCUAGAAAACGACGGCUACACACAAACGUCUCCAAGCAUGGCCCGAGGCAUCAGAGAGGUCAAAGCUCUGUUAGAGCAAGCAGGGCACACUUUGGUGCCCUACAGCCCUCUGAAGAUCGAUUACGUUGUAAAUGAACUUUUUAUGAAGGGUGUCCUAGCAGACGGAGCCACCAGCUUUCUUCAAAAACUGGAGGGGGGCCCUUUGGACCCCUGUCUCGGACCACAGGUUAUACCGUACUAUCUUCCUACGUGGUUGAAGAAAACUCUCUCAUUCCUCCUCAAGCCCGUGUUUCCUCGUGGCUCUGCCACCUUCAAGUCAAUCUGUGGAGUUGGAUCUGUUCCGGAGCUGUGGAAGCAGCACGCUGCUGUCGAGGACUACAUUCAGGAAACGAUAGCAGAGUGGAGAAGACUCAACAUAGACGUGCUGCUGUGCCCGAUGAUCGGACCAGCCUACAACUUCUUAUACUGCUGCAAGCUUUCCUGUGUUCUCCCUUACUCGAUGCUUUACAAUCUCCUCACCUUUCCCGCCGGCGUUGUUCCUGUUUCCACGGUGACGGCAGAGGAUGAGGAGGAACUCAGGCACUAUAAGGGCUUUUAUCAGGACCACUGGGACGAGCUGUUCAAACAGGCUGUCACUGGAGGCGAGGGUCUGCCCGUGGCGGUGCAGUGCGUCGCCCUUCCGUGGCAGGAUGAGCUCUGCCUGCGCUUCAUGAAGGAGGUGGAACAGCUGGUCAAACAGAGCAGAAAGUAAAAGCCUGGAGGCCACAGGUGGGGCUGCUAACUCCAGGGGCUUAAAGAUGAAUAAGCUUUGAAUACACAUUUAAUUACACAUUAAAUGUAAUAUUCCUCUGAACUGAUUGGGAAGGUUCACUCCUUCUUUGUUUGAUUCUUUCAUUAAAAAACAUCAGUUAACAUAUUGUUUCAUUUGUAUUGUACAUAUAACAUAAACUUAAAAUGUUGAUAAAUGAAAUUCAGCACCCUGUUUGGACAUUGGAAGGUGUGAAAUAUGCCACGUCCUUGUUUUGUUUAUCCACCGCUGACUUUGUUUAAUAUUUCAUGCAAUAUAGCGUGAACAGAAACUACAUGCUUUAGAAGAAAUUCAAUUCACAUCAUUGUUGGGCAAAGAGGCACCGCAAGCACGCACGGAAAAUAAUGUUAAAAAUGAGGAUUUACAUGAAUACAGAAAGUAAUGUUGUCUCCUAAAUCAUGAUUGUCUCUUUACAAGAGCAGCUUUCUGUGAUAUGACACAAUACGGGGUUCAUUUAGACUCUGUAGCCAGUCCGUUAUCGGCGGUUUGCUUUUCACAUGCAGACCAAGAAUGAAAUAAAGUAAAUCAUUUCUCAGAGGAA